AUGUUUCGUUGCUUCUUGAAAUCCAUCCACAACAAGCCUGUCUUCCACAACAAUUCAAACCCUCCUGUCACUUUUUUCACUACUGCCUCAACUCCUCUACCAAAACCACUGCAGCACGACAAAAACCAGCCUCAUCUUCGCUUUAAACCCCAAAACUUCAUUUCACCACUCAAGCAAUCUCCUUCUCUGAUCCCAUUGAAUGAUUUAGUCAAUCACUAUAAAAGAUCACCUCAUUCUCACCUGAAAACAACACCCAUUUUCCCAAAAGUUUCGAAUGUGGGUUCUUUUGAUGAUUUGAUUGAACAUUUAGUUUCUAGUUAUAAGCACUCUUGUUGUCCAAAGGAUGCAAAUUUGUUUCAUUUAAAGAUUUUUAAACAUGGGUUUGGUUCUGAUUUGUUCCUAUGCAACACCCUUAUCAAUUUAUACACGAGAAUUGGUGAUUUGGUUUCGUCACGAAAGGUGUUUGGUGAAAUGCCCGAGAGAAAUGGUGUUACGUGGGCUUGUUUGAUUUCUGGUUACACUCAGAAUGGGAUGCCUGAGGAUGCAUGUGGAGUUUUAAAAGAGAUGAUUUUUGAGGGUUUUUUCCCUAAUCGUUUUGCUUUUGGCAGUGCUCUUCGAGCUUGCCAGGAGUCUGUGUUAUGCGGCCUUCAACUCGGUACGCAAAUUCAUGGAUUGAUUUUGAAGUCACCUUAUGCAAAUGAAGCGGCAUUGUGUAAUGUGGUGAUAUCCAUGUACGGGAAGUAUCUGGGAUACAUUGACCAUGCUCGUCGUGUUUUUGAUGAGAUAAACAUCAGGAAUUCUAUAUCUUGGAAUUCAAUCAUAUCAGUUUACUCCCAAAGAGGAGAUGCAGUUUCGUGUUUUGAACUAUUCUCAAGCAUGCAAAUGGCAGAUUCAGGUUUAAGUCUGACACCUACUGAAUACACAUUUGGGAGUUUAAUAACUGCUGCUUCUUCUUCCAUUGAUUCUGGUUUGUCUUUGCUGGAGCAGGUGCUUGCAAGAAUUAAAAAAUCUGGAUUACUGGCAAAUCUCUACGUGGGUAGUGCUUUGGUUGGUGGAUUUUCAAGGCUUGGAUUGUUUGAUUAUGCUAGGAAAAUUUUUGAGCAGAUGACUAUAAAGAAUGCUGUCUCUAUGAAUGGCUUAAUGGUUGGUUUGGUCAGACAAAAAUGUGGACAAGACGCUGUUGAAGUAUUCAAGGAGACAAGACACUUGGUUGAUGUAAAUCUUGAUUCAUAUGUGAUUCUGUUAAGUGCUUGUGCUGAAUUUGCUCUCUUGGAGGAAGGGAGAAGAAAGGGUAGAGAGGUUCAUGGAUAUGCAAUUCGAACUAGGUUAAAAGAUGCCAAGGUUGCUGUUGGAAAUGGGCUUAUUAAUAUGUAUGCUAAGUGUGGUUCUAUUGAUUAUGCAAGAUCAGUAUUUGGGCUCAUGGUUGAUAAGGAUUCAGUCUCAUGGAAUUCCAUGAUUUCUGCUCUUGACCAGAAUGGAUGUUUUGAAGAUGCAGUUAAGAGCUACAGUUCAAUGAGGAGAACUGGUUUGAUGCCUUCCAAUUUCGCUUUGAUAAGUGCUUUGAGUUCAUGUGCAAGCUUGGGUUGCAUUUCGCUGGGACAACAAAUUCAUGCGGAAGGUACAAAAUUAGGACUUGAUUUGGACAUUUCAGUUUCAAAUGCUCUUCUUGCUUUGUAUGGUGAAACUGGAUGUCUAGCUGAAUGUCAGAAAGUUUUCUCCUGGAUGAUGGAGUGUGAUCAAGUAUCAUGGAACACUGUGAUUGGGGCGUUAGCUGAUUCAGAGGCAUCAGUUUUUGAAGCUGUAGAAGUUUUCUUGCAGAUGAUGCGUGCUGGAUGGAGUCCUAACAGAGUAACCUUCAUAAACUUACUUGCAGCCAUUUCAUCUCUUUCAAUGAGUAAACUGAACCACCAGAUACAUGCUCUAAUAUUGAAAUACAAUGUUAAGGAUGAUAAUGCCAUUGAAAAUGCACUUCUGGCCUGCUAUGGAAAGUCUGGAGAGAUGGAAAACUGUGAGGGAAUCUUUUCUAGAAUGUCUGAGAGAAGAGAUGAGGUUAGUUGGAAUUCGAUGAUUUCUGGAUAUAUACAUAAUGAAUUCUUGGCCAAGGCCAUGGAUUUGGUCUGGUUAAUGAUGCAGAGGGGUCAGCGAUUGGACUGUUUCACCUUUGCUACUGUUCUUAGUGCUUGUGCCUCUGUUGCGACACUAGAGUGUGGAAUGGAAGUCCAUGCCUGUGCAAUAAGAGCUUGUUUAGAAUCUGAUGUUGUAAUUGGGAGCGCACUUGUUGACAUGUACUCAAAAUGUGGAAGAAUAGAUUAUGCAUCGAGAUUUUUUUAUUUGAUGCCAGUGAGGAAUUUGUAUUCUUGGAACUCAAUGAUAUCAGGCUAUGCGCGCCAUGGGCACGGGGAUAAUGCAUUGAGGCUUUUCACACAAAUGAAGUUCAGUGGUCAAUUACCUGAUCAUGUUACCUUUGUUGGGGUGUUGUCUGCUUGUAGCCACGUUGGUUUAGUUGACGAAGGGUUUGAACAUUUUAAAUCCAUGAAUGAAGUAUAUCGAUUAGCUCCUCGUAUAGAGCAUUACUCGUGUAUGGUUGAUCUCCUUGGACGGGCUGGUGAACUAGAUAAGAUUGAGAAUUUCAUUAAUAAGAUGCCAAUUAAGCCUAAUACUCUUAUUUGGAGAACAGUUUUAGGUGCAUGCUGCCGAGCAAAUGGUCGAAAGACAGAAUUAGGUAGGAGGGCUGCUGAAAUGCUGUUCAAUAUGGACCCUCAAAAUGCUGUGAAUUAUGUGCUUCUUUCCAACAUGUAUGCUUCUGGAGGGAAGUGGGAGGACAUGGCAAAGGCUAGGAGAGCAAUGAGAGAGGCAGCGGUGAAGAAGGAAGCUGGAUGUAGUUGGGUAACCAUGAAGGAUGGUGUCCAUGUUUUUGUGGCUGGGGAUAAAUCACAUCCAGAAAAAGGUUUAAUUUAUGCAAAACUCAAGGAACUUAACGAAAAAAUAAGGGAUGCUGGAUAUAUGCCCCAGAUAAAAUUCGCACUGUAUGAUCUUGAACCAGAGAACAAGGAAGAACUCUUGAGCUAUCACAGUGAGAAACUUGCAGUUGCUUUUGUUCUCACUCGCAAUUCAGGAUUGCCUAUUAGGAUAAUGAAGAACCUCAGAGUUUGUGGUGACUGUCACUCUGCCUUUAAAUACAUAUCAAAGGUUGUUGGUUGUCCAAUAGUGUUACGUGAUUCAAACAGGUUUCAUCACUUUGAGGAUGGUAAAUGUUCAUGUCAGGAUUACUGGUGA